GUGAUUCAUGAACGUUUGUGAACUGGCUCUAUCAAUUCACUUUCAAGAACCGAUUCAAAAGAAUGAUUUGUUCAGAUAGCCAAAUCGUGUUCGAAUUGUUUUUGGUAGGCGUCUCGCUACGUUUUUUUAAACACAGCCUGUGAUUCGCUCUUAGUACUGUGUCAGCCAAUCAGAGCGAAGCACUGAAGUGAAGCGUGAACGUCCCUUAUGAGGCCUGUGAUGUGAACGACUCACUUAAAAUGGCGACGGUGGAGCCGGAAAUAAACUCAAAUUCUUGCAAGAGUGAAGAGAACUCAGAAGAGACCAAUCAGGAGAUUGUCAGCCCUGAAAGCUACAUCAAACAUCCUCUACAGAACAGAUGGUCUUUAUGGUUCUUCAAAAAUGACAAGAGCAAAACAUGGCAGGCCAAUCUCAGACUGAUCUCCAAAUUUGACACAGUAGAGGAUUUUUGGGCGCUUUAUAACCACAUUCAGCUCUCCAGUUAUUUGAUGUCAGGAUGUGACUAUUCUCUUUUCAAGGAUGGUAUUGAGCCCAUGUGGGAGGAUGAGAGGAAUAAAAAAGGAGGCCGCUGGCUCAUCACUCUCAACAAGCAGCAGAGGAAGUAUGACCUGGACCGCUUUUGGUUGGAAACUCUGCUGUGCCUCAUCGGUGAGACCUUUGACGACUACAGCGAUGAAGUGUGCGGGGCUGUUGUCAAUAUCCGAACGAAAGGUGAUAAAAUCGCCGUCUGGACAUCUGAUUAUGAGAACAGAGAAGCUGUAACGCACAUAGGGAGGGUGUACAAGGAACGGUUAGGCAUCCCUAUGAAUAUGACCAUUGGCUACCAGUCUCAUGCUGACACGGCCACUAAGAGUGGCUCCACUACUAAGAACAAGUUUGUGGUCUGAAUAUCUUCAAGGGCCUGAAUUCUCCUUCCCUCUCUCUAUCUCUCUCUCUGCCACUUAAAACCAAAGCAACAAAAUCAGACUGGACUCCGAACUGCAUUUUUUGCAAAAGCCCUUUACAAACGCACUUCUGGGCUUCUGCUGUACAAAUGAGGAUUGCAGCACAGACAAAGUUUGAAAAUAACAGUGUUGCUUAUUACAUUCAAACACAUUUUAUAAGUAUUACCAUGUACCAUGCUACACUACCCGUUCCCACCAAACAUUCACAUCACUACAGUUUCGCUAAGAAAAAUAGUAUUCAAAAAUCACAUUCAAUGUUUACCCCUGGCAAGUCUUGUUAUUUAAGUAUUUAAUGAUUUUUUUUUUUUGUAAGAAAUUGUCAAUUUAUUUAAUGGCAGAGGAAAGGAAAUGUCUGUCUUCUUUUAUCCAGCAGCUUUGCUGCUUCAGUGCCUAUUGAACAUAAACACCUUUAAUUUAUUCAGAUUAAUCCUCAAUAUUGAGAGGGUAUUUGGCCAUUGAGUGCAUGUAACCAAGCUAAUCUACAUAGAACUGCCAUCUUUAAAGCAUUAACAUGAUUAAAUUUGGGGGUUUGCAAUUCAAGAAGUGUUUUUUAUAUUGUGAGUUUUUGAGGCAUCAUAAGUUUACAUUCCUUAUUAGAACAGUAAACUGUGGGACUUUUUUGCAAUGCUGUAAUAGAAUUUUGCUUGUCUGGAUGUCAUUGGCUUGAGUUGACUCUUCAAAAAAAAUAGCAGCAUUAUCAAAUAGGCCCUGAAAAUAAAAUAGAUUCAUAUCGAUUCAA